GUUUACGGAGUUCCUAUGCUAGUCAACACAGUCAGCUUGGUCAAGACCUUCGUUCAACUGUGUCUCCUGACUUGCACAUCACUCCUAUAUAUGAGGGGAGAACCUAUUACAGUCCAGUGUACCGCAGCCCAAACCAUGGAACCGUGGAGCUCCAAGGAUCUCAGACAGCAUUGUACCGCACAGGUUCAGGUGUUGGAAAUCUACAAAGGACAUCCAGCCAACGAAGUAACCUUACAUACCAAAGAAAUAAUUAUGCUCUGAAUACAGCAGCUACCUAUGCGGAGCCCUACAGGCCAAUACAAUACCGAGUACAAGAGUGCAAUUACAAUAGGCUUCAGCACACAGCACCAGCUGAUGAUGGCACCACAAGAUCCCCAUCAAUAGACAGCAUUCAGAAAGACCCCAGGCAAUUUGCCUGGCGUGAUCCUGAGUUGCCUGAAGUCAUUCAUAUGCUGCAGCACCAGUUCCCAUCUGUUCAAGCAAAUGCGGCAGCCUACCUGCAGCACUUGUGCUUCGGUGACAACAAAGUGAAGAUGGAGGUAUAUAGGCUAGGGGGAAUCAAGCACCUGGUUGACCUUUUGGACCACAGAGUUUUGGAAGUUCAGAAGAAUGCUUGUGGUGCCCUCCGAAACCUUGUUUUUGGCAAAUCUACAGAUGAGAAUAAAAUAGCAAUGAAGAAUGUUGGUGGGAUACCUGCCUUGUUGCGAUUGUUAAGAAAAUCUAUUGAUGCAGAAGUAAGGGAGCUUGUUACAGGAGUUCUUUGGAAUUUAUCCUCAUGUGAUGCUGUAAAGAUGACAAUCAUUCGAGAUGCUCUCUCAACCUUAACAAACACUGUGAUCGUUCCACAUUCUGGGUGGAAUAACUCUUCUUUUGAUGAUGAUCAUAAAAUUAAAUUUCAGACUUCACUAGUUCUGCGUAACACCACAGGUUGCCUGAGGAACCUCAGCUCUGCAGGGGAGGAAGCACGGAAACAAAUGCGAUCCUGUGAGGGGCUGGUGGACUCACUACUAUAUGUGAUCCACACGUGUGUAAACACAUCUGAUUACGACAGCAAGACAGUAGAGAACUGUGUGUGCACCCUGAGAAACCUGUCCUAUCGGCUGGAGCUGGAGGUCCCUCAGGCCCGGCUGUUAGGGCUGAAUGAGCUGGAUGACUUGCUAGGAAAAGAGUCACCCAGCAAAGACUCUGAGCCAAGCUGCUGGGGGAAGAAGAAGAAAAAGAAAAAGAGGACUCCACAAGAGGAUCAAUGGGAUGGAGUUGGCCCUAUCCCAGGACUGUCCAAGUCCCCCAAAGGGGUUGAGAUGCUAUGGCAUCCGUCAGUGGUAAAACCAUAUCUGACUCUUCUAGCAGAAAGUUCCAAUCCAGCCACCUUGGAAGGCUCUGCUGGAUCUCUCCAGAACCUCUCUGCUGGCAACUGGAAGUUUGCAGCAUACAUCCGGGCAGCUGUCCGAAAAGAAAAAGGGCUCCCCAUCCUUGUAGAGCUUCUAAGGAUGGAUAAUGAUAGAGUUGUCUCUUCUGUGGCGACUGCCUUGAGGAAUAUGGCACUAGACGUUCGCAAUAAGGAGCUCAUAGGUAAAUACGCCAUGCGAGACCUGGUCAACCGGCUUCCGGGUGGCAAUGGCCCCAGCAUACUGUCUGACGAGACCAUGGCGGCCAUCUGCUGCGCGCUGCAUGAGGUCACCAGCAAAAACAUGGAGAAUGCCAAAGCCCUGGCUGACUCUGGAGGCAUAGAGAAGCUGGUGAACAUAACCAAAGGCAGGGGAGACAGAUCCUCUCUGAAAGUGGUGAAGGCGGCAGCCCAGGUCUUGAAUACAUUAUGGCAAUAUCGGGACCUCCGGAGCAUUUACAAAAAGGAUGGGUGGAAUCAGAACCAUUUUAUUACACCUGUGUCAACGUUAGAGCGAGACCGAUUCAAAUCACAUCCUUCCUUAUCCACCACCAACCAACAGAUGUCACCCAUCAUUCAGUCAGUCGGCAGCACCUCUUCCUCACCAGCACUGUUAGGAAUCAGAGACCCUCGCUCUGAAUACGAUAGGAGUCAGCCACCUAUGCAGUAUUACAAUAGCCAAGGGGAUGCCACACAUAAAGGCCUGUACCCUGGCUCCAGCAAACCUUCACCAAUUUACAUCAGUUCCUAUUCCUCACCAGCAAGAGAACAAAAUAGACGGCUACAGCAUCAGCAGCUGUGUUAUAGUCAAGGUGACUCCAACAGAAAGAACUUUGAUGCAUACAGAUCAUACUUGCAGUCUCCUCAUAGCUAUGAAGACCCUUAUUUUGAUGACCGAGUUCACUUUCCAGCUUCUACUGAUUACUCGACACAGUAUGGACUCAAGUCAACCACAAAUUACAUGGACUUUUAUUCCACUAAACGACCUUCUUACAGAGCAGAACAGUAUCCAGGGUCCCCAGACUCGUGGGUGUAGCAAAGGACCUCUUUCUUUCUAACCUUGUUUGGAGUGAGGUGAAAAGUCGUCUUGCUGAUUGAUGAUGAAAUGUGAAAGUGAAAUGGAAGGAAUGAGUGAAGAGCCUAUUUUUUUUUCUUUUGAGGAAUUUUCAGGGAAGUGAGGAAACCCUUGGGAGAGGACUUUCUAAGCUCUGUUUAGGUGUUAGAUCUAAUUACUUGUAGAUUCUAUAGUCUGGUGAAGGUGUGGGUGACGUGAUGAGAGGCUUAAGAAAUGGGUGAAAUGAAAUGGGAUAUGUGUAGGUCAAAUCAAAUUAAAGAUGAUUUUUUUAAUGUGAAUAAAGUUAUGUUCUGAUAGUUUGUACAGAGAAAAAUAAUAAAAUGGAUGCCCUUCAUGUUUUAUUGCUAUUACUAAAUGUCAAGAUUGUAUGCUAUUAUGUCUUGUAAAUUUCUUUUGUUGGUGUAAAUAUGGAAAUGCCACAUUGGUUAAGUGCCAUCAUUUGUAAUGCAGUGUGUCACUUGAAAAGAGAUUUGAAGAAACUGACAGCUUAAAAAUCAAAUGGGGAACCCAAGGAACUGUUAACAAUUAACAACAAGCUAAGAUAUCCUUUGUUUUCACAAUAGUGUACGUUGGAAGCACAAAGUCCAGUCUGGUAUAGCAGCGCCAUGCCCAUUCCCUGCCUCUUUCAUAGGACACUUCACUGCCAUUUUCUAUGCACAUGAAAGAAAAAUAAAUGUGGAAAUUCCAUCCUUGG